AUGAGACUCGAAGGCAAAGUAGCCCUGAUUUCAGGCGGCGCCCGAGGGAUGGGAGCGGCCGAAGCCAAGCUGUUUUCGCGAGAGGGGGCGAAGGUCGUCAUUGCGGAUGUACUGGAGGCUGAGGGACGCCAGACAGAGGCCGAGAUCAAUGAGAUGGGCGGCGACGCCAUAUUCGUUACGCUUGACGUGACCAAGCAGUCCGACUGGGACGCAGCGAUCAGCAAGACCAUUGAGCAGUUCGGCAAAUUGGACGUGAUCGUCAACAACGCUGGUAUCGCGAGCAGGGUAUCGAUCGAAGAGACGACGGUCGAAGAGUGGGACCGUAUCUUGGAUAUCAACUCCAAGGGUGUAUUCCUCGGUACCAAGGCGGCGAUCAUACAGAUGAAGAGCCAGGGGGCAGGAGGCUCGGUCAUAAACAUCUCGUCGAUCAGCGGCAACGUAGGGCAGGAUACGGUUGCCGCAGCGUACAACGCCUCCAAGGGGGCCGUCAGAAUAUUUUCGAAGUCGGCGGCCAUCCAGUACGCGAGAGGGUAUAAGGGUCAACACGAUCCAUCCUGGGCCGAUUCAGACUCCCAUGACCCAAGCCGGCUGGGAAGGCGCUGA